CGAAUCCGGCAUAGGAGGCAGAAAUGGGCCGUAAAAAAAUACAGAUCAGCCGAAUUUUGGAUCAGCGGAACCGGCAGGUGACGUUCACCAAGCGCAAGUUCGGGCUGAUGAAGAAGGCGUACGAGCUGAGCGUGCUGUGCGACUGCGAGAUCGCCCUCAUCAUCUUCAACAGCACCAACCGGCUCUUCCAGUACGCCAGCACCGACAUGGACAAGGUGCUGCUCAAGUACACGGAGUACAGCGAGCCCCACGAGAGCCGCACCAACUCCGACAUCCUCGAGACGCUGAAGCGCAAGGGGCUGGGGCUGGAGAGCCACGAGCUGGAGCUGGACGAGGGUCCCGAGCCGGGGGACAAGGGGAGGAGGCCGAGCGAGGGCGUCAACCUGUCGGUGGCGCGGCCCAGGUUCUACCAGAGCCCGGUGCCACUGCCCGAGGUCACCUACGGCAGCUCCCCCCCAGCCACGGACACGUCCCUGGGCAGUGCCAGCAGCUCCCCCCAGAGCCAGGGACGCUCCCCUGCCUUCAAACCGGCAACCCCGAAGCCACCGGGACGGUCACCGGGGCCACUGCCCCCAGGUCUCGGCUACCCCCUGUUCCCUGCGGGCAGCCUGAACCGAGCCCUGGCCACCAAGACCCCCCCGCCGCUGUUCCUGGGGGCCGAGGGCCGGCGGGGGGAAGCCCAGGGCAGCCUGGCGAGCGCCCGGGGUGGUGGCAGCACUGCGCGGCCGCUGUACCCGGCCCUGCAGACCCUGAGCCCCGUCCUCACCCCGGGCAGCUCCAGCAUCCCGAGCCACGGCCUCGCCGGCUUCCCCUUCCUCAGCCCCGCCCAGGCAGCCCGGCCCCCGGCAUGGCAGCACCCACGGGACGUGGCGGCACUGGGGGUCAGCGGCCGGAUCGUCUCUGCCGAGGACCCUCCCCCGGCCCCCGGCUCCUCCCCGCAGCACCAAGCCAUCAGCAUCAAGUCGGAGCGGGUCUCCCCGGGGCUGGGCUGCCCCUCGGGCACCCCCCAGCCCCCCAUGGCCAGCCUGGCGUCCCUCAGCGAAGCCUCCCGAGGCUCCGGAGACCUCCAGCCCCGGGAUGACUAUGCCAAGGGGUACCCCUACCCCCUCGGAGCCCCCCGGCCGCCGGCAGAGGAGCAGAGGGUCGCGGUGCCCCCGCGGCGGGCGCAGCCCUUGGACGUUUGGCAGAGAUAG